ACGAUAUACUUCGCAUCUAAAACCCGAAAUAAAACUUUAUAAUCGAGCAAUGUCCGAGCAGCAUUUCGACAAGUACGAACACUUCAACUACGAUCACGACAAGCAUAUAUUUACUGGGCACAGCGGUAAACAGAGAAGUAAACGAGAAGUAGCCGACCAUACAAACCACUUCGAUCCGAGCGGCCAUUCCAGAAAGAUUCUCACCAAACUGAUCAACACCGAACACAACAAGAGGGUCCCGGUUAAGGCUGCAUCUCCGACUACCAAGGUCUAGUCGCUCUCUGAUCUUGAAAUUCCAUCUCCGAAAUCGUCAACGGACAGCCCUGGCGUUACCAUGUUGCCAGCUCAAAACAGUGAAGCCAUCCAGGCGAGAUGCAGCUGCUGCAUAUCCGUCGUCGCGUCGUGCAGUUAACGGUGCUUCAAUGGAAUAAGGGGGAAAAAAAAUAUAUAUACACAUGCCGUAAAAAACAAGGUGUUUUGGCAACCGUUUUAACAACCUAGCUGCGUAUUCGUUGCUGGCAAUGUUGUCGAUCUCGGAUAUUCAAGAAUAUACAACUUCAUUAAUUAUCUUAUAAUAAUAAUAAUACAUGCAUUUUCUCACAUUAUAUACUUGAUACAACACUUACGCACUACACAUUAUUGAUUACAUUUAUUGUUAGCGUGUUAAGAUUAAAAGUAACAUUUUUUUUAUAUAUACUUGAAGCGUAAUAAAUGCUGUAGUUUAGAUCUCGAAUGAAAAGGUAAAAAAAAUUAUAAAAAUAAGUAUAGUGUAGGCUAUAACGAUGAUCUAGA